AUGGCGGCAACCCAAUCACCAUCACAACCUGCUCCAGAUCGUACCCCUGCUGAAGAGAAACCUGCUGAAUCAGAUAACAUGAAGGAGCGGCCACUAUCAGCAAAAAAUGAGACGUCAGUUUCUCCUAAUUCCUCACAGGAUACUGCCCCUUUAGUUUAUCCGAGGGACAACACAGGACAGUCGGGAGCUUUUGGUUCUCCUGGAGAUCGUGCUGUCUAUCCACCUAGUAUUUAUGCUCCUCAGGCACAGGCAUUCUACUACAGAGGUUAUGACAAUACCACUGGUGAAUGGGAUGAAUAUCCUCCAUACAUAAAUGCUGAAGGGUUAGAAAUCGGGUCACCUGGUCUCUACAACGACAAUCCUUCUCUUGUUUUCCAUGCUGGAUAUGGAUAUAGUCCACAAAUGCCUUAUGGACCAUAUUCGCCAGUCACUACUCCCUUACCUUCUGUUGGUGGAGAUGCACAGUUAUACUCCCAUCAGCAAUAUCCAUUUUCUGGGCCACCUUAUUACCAACAUCUAGGUCCUCAUAAUAUGUCAUAUAUUACUUCACCAACACCAGUUUCACAGCCAGAGUUCAACACAUUGGCAAACAUUGACCAACAAGGAGAUAACAUGCUUUUCGGACCAAGGCCUAAUUAUCCUGCUCCAGUGGGAUCAAUUGGUAGGGGCAGUUUUCCAGGAAACCAUGGUUAUCAUGAUCUGCAGCAAGGGUUUGAUGGAUUGAGAUCUGGAGGACUUUGGUCAGAUUGGUCAAAGCCCUCUGAUAGAAAUAGGCCUUUGACUCCCUUUUCACCUGCAGUUUCUCCACAGCCUGUCGGCACUUUUGGGUCAUUUGGGCAGAAUGUUGGAAUGGCAUCUCAACAGCAAAGAUCAUUUUAUGGCCUUGGAUCUGGUUCGAACUCCUAUAAUAGAGCCUAUCUGCAGAGUGGUUAUAAUCAGGGAUCUAGUUUUGGAAGUGCAUCCAUUUCUAGUCUGGGGACAAACAGUCGGGGUUGGCUUUCCCUUGAAAAUAGCAGACGGCGAGGAAGGAGCAGUGUUUCCUUGUGUGGCUGCAAUGGUAGUCUUGAUAUUCUUAGUGAGCAAAAUAGAGGACCUAGGGCCUCAAAGCCUAAGGCUCAAAAUAUAGCUGAACAUGGUCCUUCUAUUGAUAAUAAUAAACAUAGCAAACCAUCUGCCAAGAUCCAUGAUGAGCCAUACAACCAACCAGAUUUUGUAAUUGAAUACAACGAUGCUAAGUUCUUCAUCAUCAAGUCAUACAGUGAAGAUAAUGUUCACAAGAGCAUCAAAUAUGGUGUUUGGGCCAGCACUCCAAAUGGGAAUAGAAAAUUGGAUGCUGCCUAUCGUGAAGCUAAGGAGAAACAAGAUCCUUGUCCUGUGUUUCUCUUAUUUUCGGUGAAUGCUAGUGCUCAGUUUUGUGGGGUGGCUGAAAUGGUUGGACCUGUUGAUUUUGACAAGAGUGUGGAUUACUGGCAGCAGGACAAAUGGAGCGGGCAGUUCCCUGUCAAAUGGCACAUUAUUAAAGAUGUCCCAAACAGUCAGUUUCGUCACAUUGUGUUGGAAAAUAAUGACAACAAGCCUGUCACUAACAGUCGAGACACACAGGAGAGCUUUAGCUCUCUUGUGCCUAAUAUCAAGUUUGAAUUCUUGCAGGUGAAACUGGAGCAGGGUAUAGAGAUGCUGAAUAUCUUUAAGAAUUAUGAAACUGAUAUGUCAAUCUUAGAGGAUUUUGAUUUUUAUGAGGAUCGACAGAAAGCCAUGCAAGAAAGGAAAGCCAGACAGCAAGCGAGCCUGAUUGCUGUAGGUGUAGUUGGGGAAAGUGAGCACAGAAAUGCAGUUACCUUGCCAACUGAUAUUAUCAAGCAGAUGUCGAAGAGUUUUGCCCAAGUUGUCCGCUUGGAUGAGUCUAGCAAAGAAGGCACUGUUACUGAUAGAACCAGUUCUGGCUCUGAUGGUUCUGUAGGGCCUAGAGUUAAAUUGGAAGAUGGUCUCACAACCGUCCCCCUCGCAGACCAGUUAGGAAGAAACAAAUACUGCAAUAUUUGGGCAGGCUCCUGGUAG